GUUUUUGUUUUGUUGUUGAGAUGAGACACAAGCGCGCCUUCGCCCCUUGUGCUCACUCUCAUCUAGCACCCAUCAAAGCCUGACCAGGGAGUCAGUUGAUAAGAAAAUCCAUCUACAUUUCUCUUUCCAGAGCUCGCUCGGGCCUACCGAUCUCACAGCAGUGUAGACCAACCUCUGUGAUAGAGCGGUGACAGCAGUGUAUCCUCUGUGGUCGACUACAAAGCCUACGAGCUACAGCAGCACCGCCACCUCCGCUGCUGCAGGACGCCACAUUCUGUGAGGCAGGACAGCGCUAAUGAGCGAGCCGUCAUCAGAGCUUCGGUGGAGGACCUGAAGGCCGAAAUGGCGGCGAGGUUCGCGGAGGUGCUGGCAGCCGUGCGUGAUCGGGGCGGCGGGGCCGCCGCGGGUGGCGCUGCCGGAGCUUCAUCAGCGCCCGGGUAUGGGGGCGCGCGUGCAGCUGCCGGCGUGGCGCCGGCGCCCAUGUAUGGGGGCGCGAGGGCGGGUUACGGGCUCCACCGCGUGGAGUCGAGUCCCGGAUUGCUGCAGGGCGCUGGUCGGUAUGGCAGUGGGGGCGGCUUAGGCUUCACUCCCGCGAUUUCGUCCCCGUUUGGAGCGGGAGGCCUUAACAUCGACUCCGGGGGAUACGGGAUGGGAACGGGGAUGUCGCACGCCCAGCGGCGGAUGGAAAAGGUGAUCUCGGACCAGCGGGUGAACGCUUGGAGCUCGGUGAACAGCCGCAUGUGGUGGGUGGUGAUUGGAUGUUUUCCGCCGAAGUUAGAGAAGCUGAGCCUGCAAGGGUUAAUGCAUGAUAGUAUUCAGGUCACGGACGAGGUAGCGGGCAUGAUCUUGAACUUCCGUGGCUUUGACCCUGCUGCAUUCGCGCCCCGGGGGGCGGGUGGCGAACGUAUCCCAAUCGCAGCGCAUUUCGGCCUCAUGGCGGCGGCUUUUAUCACCAUCGCCCGCCGGGGGAUCGCCGACGCCCCGAGGUUGGCGGCGGCAUCGAAAGCGCAAGUGGAUCGUGUCGAAGCCUCGUUCCAGGCGGCCAUCGCCGACGUGGAGCGGCACGCUCGGGAGAAUUACGCGGCCAUCCAAGUGCCGCACAACCGCGACAUCUUUUGGACGCCCAUCGUCAAAGAUAUGGAAUUUUACACGCGCGACGUACAGAUGUUCGCGAACGAGAUGCAGCGGCGCUUCGUUCUCCCUCCGCCAUCGGGCGCUCUCCCGCCCCCCUUCCCACCCGGCUUUCCCAAACCUCGCGGCUUAUCUCCGGUCGGGAGGGCUGAUCAAUUCUGCUGUGCAAGGCAAGGCCGGCCGUUCGUCGGCCGCCGCAGCGGGUGCUGGGGGGAAGGGCAGCAAGGCCAAGGACCAGGGGCCGUGCUACCAGUUCCAGAGAGACGGUACAUGUCGGUGGGGGAAAGACUGCAAGUUCGCGCAUGUGGCGCCACGGAAGGCCGGCGGAACGGGAGGAAAAAGGGGAGGCAUGACUGGCGGCUGAGCCGAGGAUGGCGGCUCCAAAGGCCAAGGUGGGAAUGGCCGGGACGAAGACCCGCAGCAGUGCGAAGGGCGGUGCCGGCGGCGGCGCGAAGGACGAUGAUGAGGAAUAGGGGCGCGGACCCUGCCCCCCGGGGGGGGGAAGGGCCGUCUUUCGAUGUCGCCGGCGGCGUGGUCUCGGGUCCGAGCACGCACCUCCUACGACCAGGGGCGGCUACUGCGUUGACCCGAGGUGGGGUUGGUAUUUUAGAUGGCAAUGAUGUUAGGCGUAUUGUUUCCAUGGCCCAGGGGCGCGACGACCUGAGCAUCAACAUGCUCGAACUCCUCGCGAUGGUAGUUGGCGCCUGGGUGUUCAUUCUACAAUCGGACAUGAGUCCAGAGUACGCCCGCAAUAGCAUCCGUAUGAUGGGAGACAAUUCGUCGAGUGUCGCGUGGGUGAACAAGUGUCGGGGGGGGAGCGAGCCCCGAUCGAGGGCACUCAUGCGUGUUGAGCCCGGAGGUCGCCGAUCUUUGUACCGGCGUCUUAGCGGCGAGUACGUCCGCGAGUCAGUUGCGCAGUCGUCUCGAAGAACUUACCUGUCGGGUUGGCGGGCUUGGUGUGCUUUUCGCCGCAUGAUUGGCGAGUCGGAGUACCUCUCGGGGGACGCGGAUGGGGCUGGGCUGGAACAAGCACUUUUGGAGUUUGUGGCGUGGUGUUGUGCAGAUAAGGGUAAUGUUGCACCAACCAUAUCCGGCAAGCUCGCCGCGGUACAGUACUUUCAUCGAGUUGACAAGCAGCUUGAGUUGCCUGCCGGUGCGCCUCUUAUCAAAGGGAGUUUGCUGGGUUUCGCACGUGUUCACGUUCGCGCGGGUACAAAGAGUCGGAGCCGGGUGCCCGUCUCGUGGGAGACGUUGUUGGAAGGACAGCAGUUGACGGCGUCGUGGGGUACAGGUGGCCGCGUGUUGUGGCUGUGUUUGACGUUGUCGUACUUCCAGGUGGCGCGUUCGGAUGAGGUUUGUGCCACACUGUCGGGGCAAUGCCACCAGGUGCAUUGUUUGCGGCGUAGCGACGUCGAAUUCUUUGAUGGAGAGGACGUGCUAGCCCAGUUGCACUGGCACAAGGCCACAGGAGUUCGGGUUCGGUUUCGCGGCCACAAGGGGGAUCAGUCGGAGAAGGGGGCGUGCGUUACACGAGUGCGCGAAGUAGCACGAGGCGCGAGUUCUCAGAUUGGAGCCGGUGGCGGUGCCGUGGCGGUGUUGGUGGAGUUGAUGGCGUGCCAUCUCGCGUUACCUGAGGACGCUCCUCUGUGUUCGUUUCGCUGUAGGAGGAGCAAGACGAUUAAGGUUUGGGGAUAUCCCAAAGCUCUUAGCGCCCUUCGCCAGAUUGUGGACAAGGCAGGUGGCGACCCGAAACAGGUUGGCCUGCAUUCGUUGAGAAUCGGGGCCGCCACCACGUUGGCAGCAGGAGGAGACGUACCGGACAGAAUUAUACAGAGUGAGGGUAGAUGGAAGGAAGCCUCGGGCACGUUCAAAAUAUAUACUAGGAAUAAUAUGGUGGACAUAGACAUGGUAUCCCGUAAACUAGCGAAGGGGAAGAAGAAGGAGCAGAAGAAGGGUUAGCAUACACGAAGGUACGGGCAAGGGGACAGAAUGCCAUCCCACUAAACAUCGAUGUUGGUGGAUGUCAAUGGUAUGGAGUACCAUUGGGGGGUCUCGGUGUACUGAGACGGCAUUUUGUUUGGACCUGCCAGUUGACAUGGA